AUGAACCACACAAGAAGACGCCCCAAAAAGCAGUCAGCAUGGAUCAGCGACAAGGAGCUCAAGAAAAUGACAGCCGGAGCUUCUCUCACUCCCCCUCCUGAUACACAACAGUUUGACUACGGCGACAGUCUCGAUCCCCACUUAUUCUAUUCCUGGGGAGGCGAGCACGCUGAACCACCUAUCUGGUCCGAACGUCCUAUUUACAAGAAUCGCAAUCUCCAAGGAACAGUUGCACAAUGGCAAAGCAAGGUCGAGGUGGAGCCCAAACCACUUGGCGCAACAUCUCGUGUCAGAGGCAGUACCAACUUUGUAUUCAACGUCGGCAAAACCAAGGCUGCUAGUGGUCAGCUCUACUUCCUGCCGCUGAAAUGCAACGAGACCCUCAUGGCCGAACUUGUUCCUCGAGCAUGGAUUCCUCAAGUCUUCGAACCUGGUCAAACCCUCCAGACUUUCUGGCAGCAACAUAUCAGAGAGGCACCUCAACCCCAAGAGCAGUCUGAUUUGGAUGGCCGCGGACCGUUCUGGAAUGCCUAUCUGAAUAACAAUGCCGCAGCUCAGUUCCCACCAACCCAUCCCGCCCACAAGGGAUGCGACACUAGUGAGGACACACCACAAGACAAGGAAGUGCGCGAGAACGAUCGUGGUAGCCAGGGAUGGAUGAACCAGUAUCUGCAAGACCCCAAAGCCUUCAUGAUGGCUCGCUUCGGAAGAAAGGCUGGCCCAGAACGAGAAAAGGAAAAGCUCGACGAACCGCUUGAGGAAGCAGAUUUCGUUGAGCAAGCACCAAUGGUUGACAACAGAAUUAAGCCCGUACUCAAUCUGUUCGUCCGCAUGGCCCAGCUUGGCGACAUUCCUCAGAUUACCGAAAUCUACAAUCACUAUGUUCAGCACAGCGUGUGCACCCCAGAGUUGGAGCCUAUCAGCAUCAUGGACAUGAAGGGCCGAUGGGAGAGUGCGCGAAGCGGCCACCUACCGUUUCUUGUCGCCUGUUCGCCUAGGGGUUACGGGGGAAGGAAACGCUUCAAGGAUCGACCUGCCAUCGACACUGUUCUCGGCUUUGCUUAUGCUGAUGAAUUCGCUGGCCCGCGAACGGCUUUGCGUUUCGCUGUCGAGGCUGGCGUCUUUGUGGAUUCGAACCCCAGAUGCAGACGUAAAGGAGUCAGCAAAUGUCUCAUCGACAAGCUCCUUGGACUGCUGGACCAAUUUUACCUCCAGCGUGGUGGCUACGAUGUCGAAGAGCAACUUGGAAUCGGUACUCAGCGUCUCGUCUCACGCAUCUUCAUUAAUUUUAUGAACUCCGAACAUGAAAAGACCAAGGAAUGGGUGGUGCCAUACCUGGAGUCUUGGGGCUUCAAACAGCAGUCCACGACCAAGAGAGUUGGUUACAAGCUGGAUCAAGUCUUCGAUAUCACGACGUUUCACAGGGAAACAGGCCUAGUGAUUGUGCCUAAUAACCCGCCUAUCCCUCCUCCCAAGGAAGAAUGA